AUGGCUCAAGACAGCGAAGUGCCAAAGGCGGCUGACAAGGGCAAGGGCAAGGCCGUUGACGAUGCCAAGAAGGACAAGCAACAGACAAAUGGAAAGGAGGACGAGAAGAUCGAGACCGCUGAGGAAGAGCUCAAUGAGGAAGAUCAACAACUCAAGAACGAGCUCGACUUGAUGGUUGAGCGGUUGACUGAGUCAAACUCGGAACUCUAUAAGCCCGCCCUGGAGGCCAUGAAGACCUCGAUAAAGACGUCGACGUCAUCCAUGACAGCAGUUCCCAAGCCCCUGAAAUUCCUACGACCACACUACGAGACUUUGACGAAGCUUUACGAACAAUGGCCCGAGAGCGAAGACAAGACUUCGUUGGCAGAUGUGCUCUCCGUCAUCGGCAUGACUUUCUCAGAUGAGGACCGACAAGACACACUUCAUUACCGACUCCUCGCACCUACAUCCGACAUCAGCUCAUGGGGACACGAGUACACCAGACAUCUUGCUCUCGAGAUUGGCGAGGUGUAUAUUAAGCGAAUUAACAACGAGGAACAGACCAAGGAUUUGAUCGAUCUCGCGCUUGUCUUGAUUCCUCUCUUCCUCAAGAGCAACGCCGAGGCCGAUGCAGUGGAUCUCAUGAGUGAGCUUGAAAUCAUCGAGGAGAUGCCCAAGUUCGUGGAUGAGAACACCUACGCCCGCGUGUGCCUUUACAUGUCCUCCAUGGUCAACCUGCUCACUUACCCCGACAACGAGACCUUCCUCAAGACCGCGCACGAUAUUUACAUGGAAUACAAGCAGUUUGCGCAGGCUAUUGUCCUUGCGAUUCGACUACACGACAUCGACCUUAUUAGGGCCGACUUCGAGAAAGCCGAAGACCCUGCUCUCAAGAAGCAGCUUGCCUUCCUCAUUGGUCGCCAAAGAAUAGCUCUUGACAUCGAAGACGACUCGGACGAGAGUGAUGCGAUCGCGGAGUCUCUCAGCAACAUUAAGCUAUCAGAGCACUUCAAGUCACUAGGCAAGGAGCUAAACAUCCUUGAGCCCAAGUCCACCGAGGACAUCUACAAGAGCCAUCUUGAGAGCAGCCGUGUCGCAGGAAUGACAAACCUUGAUUCUGCCCGACACAAUCUUGCAGCGGCAUUUGUCAAUGCCUUCGUCAACGCAGGAUUCGGAAACGAUAAGAUGAUGCUUGUUGACGGCGAGAAGGAGACGUGGGUGUGGAAGACCAAGGCCGACGGCAUGAUGUCUACCGUGGCUUCCAUGGGAACCCUUUUGAUGUGGGACAUUGAGAACGGGCUUGACAAGAUCGAUAAGUACACAUACUCCUCUGAGACCGAGAUCUCGGCUGGUGCCAUGCUUGCUAUUGGAAUUAUGAAUUCCGGUGUGAGAAUGGACUCUGACCCAGCUGUUGCCCUCUUGGCCGAUAGCGAUAAGCUACACCACCCUGACCCCCUCAUUCGAACAGCUUGUAUCAUGGGUCUCGGACUGGCAUAUGCCGGAUCGAAUAAAGAGGACAUCCUCGAGCACCUCCUACCCAUGAUCUCUGAUUCUUCUUAUGAUAUGCAGAUCUCGGCAAUGGCUGCUCUGUCCUGUGGUCUCAUCUUUACUGGCUCCUCUCAUCCCGAAAUUAGCGAAGCUAUUGUCACCACCCUAAUGGACGACGACCGCAAGAGCCAAUUGACCGACAAGUGGACACGAUUCUUGGCUCUUGGCCUAGGUCUUCUCUUCUUUGGCCGACAAGAAGAGGUUGACGUCAUCCUUGAGACCCUCAAGGCUAUUGAGCAUCCCAUGGCCAAGUCCACCGCCGUGAUGGCUGAGAUCUGCGCUUGGGCUGGCACAGGUGCCGUUCUCAAGAUUCAGGAGCUUCUGCAUAUUUGCAAUGAGCACCAAGAGGAGACCGAUGAGAAGAAGGGUGACGAACUACUACAGGCUUAUGCCGUUAUCGGUAUUGCUCUCGUGGCAAUGGGCGAGGAUAUUGGUCAAGAAAUGGUUCUGCGACAGUUCGGUCACCUUAUGCACUACGGUGAAGCCAACAUCCGCAAGGCUGUACCUCUCGCUAUGGGUCUUAUCAGCCCCAGCAACCCUCAAAUGAAGGUCUACGACACACUCUCAAGAUACAGUCACGACAACGACCCUGAGGUCGCCAUCAACGCCAUCUUUGCCAUGGGUCUUUUGGGUGCCGGCACAAACAACGCCCGCUUGGCCCAACUGCUGCGACAACUUGCUAGCUACUACCACCGUGAUCAAGAUGCUUUGUUCAUGGUGCGAAUUGCUCAAGGUCUCCUCCACAUGGGUAAGGGAACUCUGACAAUCAGCCCCUUCCACACAGACCGACAGGUUCUAUCCCGCGUCUCGGCUGCCGGUCUGCUCGCUACCCUUGUUGCCAUGAUCGAGCCCAAGGAGUUCAUUACCGGACAGUCUCAUUACCUCCUAUACUUCCUUGUCACCGCCAUGCACCCUCGCUUCCUUGUCACACUGGACGAGAACCUCAAGCCGCUUAAGGUCAACGUUCGCGUUGGUCAGGCUGUCGAUGUCGUCGGUCAAGCUGGUCGUCCCAAGACCAUCACUGGUUGGCAAACUCAGAGCACACCGGUGGUGCUUGGAUAUGGUGAGCGGGCGGAGCUUGAAGAUGAGGAGUACAUUAGCCUCAACAGCACCCUUGAGGGCCUGGUGAUCUUGCGGAAGAACCCUGAGUGGGAAGCUGAGAAAUAG